AUGGCCAACACACGUUCAGGAAAGGAUACUUCAAAACUCACUGGUGUCGACAAAAACACCAAUUCUCGAAAGACCCGUGAAAGAGAUGAAAUGGCCGCCCAGAGAAGGAAAAUUGAAGACAAGCGGAGACAGCGCCAGCAGGAGCUCGAGUCACUCCGGAAGGACUUGCUAGCGGCGGAGAGCCAAUUGAAAGGCUCGCAGCUUACCGAGGAUGAUAGGGCCGAGCUGCAGAACAAGCACAACAAUCUUCAACAAGUCAUCCAAUCUACGGAAGCGGAUAUCAAGAAAGAUGACGAAGAUUUGAUGGAUAUUGAUACGAAGGAACAUGCUGCCACAGGUUCCAAUGAUCAGGCCCCUGAGAAUGGCGCGCCAUCGAUACAACCACAACCUGUGCCGCCGAACACUUUGUCCCCGAGUGGAGAUGAGACGUCGGUGAAGCAGGAACCAGUGGAUGCGUCCCAUGGACAGGGGCAGGGACAACAUAAAAAAGCAGCGCUUCCUGAUCCUGAUACCGCAAAAGCGUCCGUCGAGGAACCAGAUUUGGUCGGAAGUCCGAAUCCGAACGAAGAUAACGACGGUGAAUUACUAGUCCGAUUAGAUGCAUUAUCAAAAGAUGGCCAUUCGAACGACACAGCAGACGCGUGGUUCAUGAUGCUCGCAGCCGAGAAGCUGAUUGUUCGAUACGGGCCAAAGCAAGCGUGCAAGUAUGUCAUCCAAUCCGGCAAAGGACACAAUUUCGAUGGUCUUCCGCAAGUAUCCGAUCCAGAGUCGCGGCUUUGCUCCAUCACGGAGAAAGACAAACGGGGAAAAAACCGCCGUCGCUAUGGCCCCGAGAAUAUCGAAGGGAUUGUUGGUGUAGCAAUUCUGGAGAGGCCCCCUAAAACGAAAAGCUCUAAGGCGCCAACGACCUAUAUCUCGUCGAAAUAA